ACUGACAGAACUUUCAAGUAGAUCGAAUUUUUGUUGUCACUGUAAUAUAAUCUUGGGAGUAAUGAAAACAGAUCAUGCUCGGAGUUCCAGAAGUCUCCUUUUGCAAUAUAAGAGGGAAAAUUCCGAACCGAAGGACAUGAAUCAGCCAUCGCCGUUGUCAUUCCAUUACCGGAAAUUGGAGCCCGAGUCUCCUAGACCGUGGAGUGUCGAUUUUGAUUUCGACAGCAGUGAUCGUAGAUUCGCAUUUUCACGGCAAGGUUCUUUUCAGCAAUUGGCUGAGCCACAGAUGCCCAUAUCAAUAAUCUCCAACAAUUCUGGAAAGCCUUUUCUCUCUCGAACUGUAUCGAGCAUUGAUAUACCACCUCCCAAUAUCUAUCCGCAAGAUGCAUUCCAUGGUUUGAAUAUGAGAUUUAGCGGUUCCUCAUUUGCGUCUUUGUUUUUCCGAGGUGUAAUGUCUGGGAAUAAGCAGAUGAGGAGAUUGUUUAUGUUGAUUUCACUAAAUGUUGCUUAUUCUACCACCGAGUUGUGUGUUGGCCUUCUCUCUGGCCGAGUAGGGUUGGUGUCAGACGCAUUUCAUUUGACCUUUGGUUGUGGCCUUUUGACAUUUUCGUUGUUUGCAAUGGCCGCUUCUGGAGAAAAGCCUGAUUGUGCUUACACUUAUGGGUAUAAAAGGUUAGAGGUUUUGUCUGCUUUCACCAAUGCUCUCUUUCUAUUGUUCAUGUCAUUCUCCUUGGCUGUGGAAGCACUUCAUGCCUUUAUGCAAGAUGAAUCUGAGCACAAGCAUUACUUGAUCGUCUCUGCUGUCACAAACUUGCUGGUGAAUCUCAUUGGUGUUUGGUUCUUCAGGAACUAUGCACGUAUUAAUCUUGUCUAUAGGAAAGCUGAAGAUGUGAAUUACCACUCUGUUUGUUUGCAUGUGCUAGCUGAUUCCAUUCGCAGUGCAGGUCUUAUCUUGGCUUCCUGGUUGUUAACACUUGGAGUGAAGAAUGCGGAAGUCUUAUGUUUGGGACUAGUUUCUGCCACGAUCUUUUUGCUCGUCGUGCCUCUUUUUAGAACUACUGGUGGCAUCUUGCUCCAAAUGGCACCACCAAGGAUCCCAUCUUCUGCCUUGUGUAAAUGCUGGAGGCAGGUUUCAUCUCGUGAAGAUGUUUCUGAAGUAUCUCAAGCUCGUUUCUGGGAACUGGUGCCUGGUCAUAUUAUUGGAUCAAUUUCAUUGCAGGUGACCGCCAGAUUUUGUUGCGUGCCAUAUCCAACCUGCACUCCUAUCAUGAGUAAAGGAGGGAGUUGAUUAUCGGACUAUUUUGCAAUAUGUGCAUGACCUAUACCAUGAAUUAGGAAUACAGGACUUGGCCGUUCAAGUUGACAAUACAUGAUCAACAUCUCGUGUCCUUUUAAAUCUUUUUUAAUCGAAAGAUCUCAUUUACUGUUGGUAUCUCUUUAUAUCAGAUAUUUGGCCCAUGGAUUGUCAGUGUAAUAGAACUUUCACCUCUAAGCUGCAACUGCAGUAAAAUGCAAAUCUUGUUCUAAUGCAGUAUUUACAGUAGUGACAAAUACGCGUUUCUCUUAGGUGCUCGGUUUUAGGGAAAAAUCUUUCUGAGUUGUGACAAUCCCUCCCCUAUGAAAUAACUACAAUAAAAUAGAAUUUCUUCGA